AUGGCAAUAGCUAAAGCAACUACCAUUAAAGAGGCACUAAAACGCUUGGAAGAUCGGACAAAAACUAACUCCUGCGACGAGAAAGAAAUCGAUCUCUGCUUCCAGUGGCCGCCGAUCGAAAAAAUGGAUACCACCUUCUCAACGCUGACCGCAUGCCAAAAACUAUCGCUAUCGACUAAUAUGAUCGAUAAAAUUUACGGACUAAGUGGUAUGAAGAAUCUGAGAGUGCUCUCGCUGGGACGCAACUACAUCAAGGCCAUUUCGGGACUGGAAGGUGUGAGUGAUACGCUGGAAGAGCUCUGGAUUAGUUACAAUCUGAUCGAAAAGCUUAAAGGCAUAAGCGUGCUUAAAAGGCUGAAAGUUCUCUACAUGAGCAACAAUCUGGUGAAGGAUUGGGUCGAAUUUAACCGGCUGGCGGAUUUGCCCAUGCUGGAAGAUUUGCUCUUUGCCGGCAAUCCGUUAGUGGAAUCGAUGGAGGAAAGUAUCUGGCGAGCGGAGGCCAGUAAAAGGUUGCUUCCGUUGAAAAAGCUGGACGGUGAAACGGUUAUCCGCGAGGAUGCCGAUACGCAGAACCAGCCGGGAGCUGGACAAGCGGAAAAGUAAU